AUGGGGCUCCUUCCGCUGUUGAAGAAGCAGUUCACGCCGACAAAGCUGUUUUUCCAUUUCGUGUUCUGGACGUUUCACUGGGGCAUCUUCGCCUAUGGAUGGUGGAAGCAAGCGGCCGAUGCCCGCCUCGCGGGUCUCAAUACGCUCAUGUACUCUGUGUGGAUUUCGCGAGGUGCCGGUCUGGUUCUGAGUGUGGAUGGAAUGCUCAUCCUCCUUCCGGUCUGCCGAACCAUCAUGCGGUGGGUCCGGCCCAAGAUCAGGUUUAUCCCGCUCGACGAGAAUAUCUGGAUGCACCGACAACUUGCCUAUGCGUUGCUUCUCUUUAGCAUCCUCCACACCGCUGCCCAUUACGUCAACUUCUACAAUGUCGAAAAGACUCAAAUUCGGCCAGUCACGGCGGUGCAAAUCCACUACGUUCAGCCUGGUGGUGUUACCGGCCACGUGAUGCUCUUGUGCAUGCUCUUGAUGUACACCACGGCGCAUCACCGUAUCCGGCAACAGUCGUUCGAGACGUUCUGGUACACGCACCAUUUGUUCAUCCCGUUCUUCCUCGCCCUCUACACCCACACGGUUGGCUGUUUCGUUCGUGACACAGCCGACGCCAUCUCGCCAUUCGCCGGCAACGAGUACUGGGAACAUUGCAUCGGCUAUCUGGGUUGGAGAUGGGAACUCUGGACGGGCGGUUUCUACCUCCUUGAGCGGUUGUACCGCGAGAUCCGCGCCAUCCGCGAGACCAAGAUUACCCGAGUUAUCAGGCAUCCAUACGAUGUCGUUGAGAUUCAGUUCAUCAAGCCGUCCUUCAAGUACAAGGCAGGCCAGUGGUUGUUCCUCCAGGUACCCGAGAUUUCCAAGUACCAAUGGCAUCCAUUCACCAUCACUUCAUGUCCGGACGACCCCUAUGUCUCGGUCCACAUCCGCCAGGUUGGUGAUUUUACCAAGAUGCUUGGCGACAGAGUGGGUGCAGGUGCGGCUCAGAGCAAGAUAUACGAAGGCGUUGACCCCAUGGGAAUGUACGAGGUGGCUCUCCAAAAUGGCCAGCAGAUGCCGUUGCUCCGAAUCGACGGCCCAUACGGCGCGCCAGCCGAGGAUGUGUUUGAGAACGAAAUUGCUGUCCUGAUCGGUACUGGUAUUGGCGUCACUCCUUGGGCGUCUAUCCUCAAGAACAUCUGGCAUUUGCGGAACAGCCCAAACCCGCCCACUCGGCUCCGCCGUGUUGAGUUCAUCUGGGUGUGCAAGGACACAAACUCGUUUGAGUGGUUCCAGACCCUGCUGUCCUCCCUGGAGGAGCAAUCCAGCGGAGCCGCCCGCAUUCCUGGUUCGGGCGGCGUCGAAUUCCUCAAGAUCCACACGUACCUGACACAGAAGCUCGACAUGGACACGACGCAGAAUAUUGUGCUCAACAGCGUUGGCGCGGCGGUGGACCCGCUCACGGAGCUGAAAGCGCGAACCAACUUCGGCCGCCCCAACUUCAAUCAUUUCUUCACGAGUAUGCGCGACGGCAUCUUGGACCGGACCUACCUCAACGGGCUGGAAGGCAACAUGAAGACCACGGUGGGUGUCUAUUUCUGCGGUCCGUCAGCAGCUGCACGCGACAUCAAGAAGGCUGCCAAGGCGGCUACCACUCGCGAGGUUAACUUCCGCUUCUGGAAAGAGCACUUUUAA